AAGGACCCGGAGUAACGCUCCACCCGGGGCGGUGCCCUGAGCGCUGUGGUCUGAAUGAUCGCGUCCCGCACCCCACAUCCACAAACUGAAGCUGAAUCACCUCCCGCGGAGGGUGUGCGCACCCACAGUCCCCAUCUCCCUCGCAGGAGCAGCACAAAGGUUGCGGGGGGAUCAGACGGCAGGACCACCCCAGUCCCGGCCCCGCGGAGCCCCGCAGCCCGAUGGCGGCCCCGGGUCGGCCCGCGCCUCCCCCUCGGUGAGUUGUGCCCAGGACCCUGGGCGCUAAAGACAAAGGUCCAAGGGAUCCACAUCCAAGGAGUCACUGAGGUGGUCUGGGGGCACCGCAGGUCCCGGAUGCUGCUUAGUCAGCCUUCAGGUAGCUCAUCUGAUGAUGCUAUUUUCAGAGUGACAUUGUGCUUACUGCAGAGGAACCCAGCGGAACCCAACGCCAAGCCUUCUCCAUCAGAAAGGCACAGUGCCUCACAACUCCAUUCACCACCUUCCUGCCAUCUGCCUCCUCAUCCUCCCCACAGGAGGUAUUUUCUUGUCGGAAUGUCGAGUUCCUGGCCUCCCCACCUUUUCUAAUGGGAGAGAAUAUCACUGUCUUCUCAUGAAAAAUCAGUAAGACCCUUUGGGUGCUGAAAUUUAAUUUAAUCUCUGGAUUCAUUUUGUUGAAUAGAAGCUAAAUACAGAAUCACCCAGGAAACACUGGGAAAAUAAAAGUGCUGAUCUUCUCCGUUCCAGACAUUCUCCCUGGUACAGCCAGGGUCAAUAAUCUGCCUGUUAGAGGAGCCUUCCAGGAGGAUCUAUGGUGGGGUCUGGAUCUAGAGCUUUGCUGCUUGUGAAGAGACAGUCGCAGCAGUUUUGUUGGCAUGUUCCUCAUUCUUAGGCUGUGGCCCUCUGUCACUUUGGAACUUGAGCAUUUAUUAAGUACAAUAAUAAUUAAGUAUGCGUUUCUUCAAAGGAUGUUGUACCAAACUGUAUUCUACAAAACCUGCUAAAUCUAAAUAACCUUAAGAAAUUAUCUUAGAAAUAGCAGCCAGCAAGAAUUGAGACUUCCUACCACAGUUGUGCACACUAAGAAAUAAGAGAGUAAAUCAUCA